GUACUAGGACUACAUAUUUCUCUGGAACGGAACAUACAAUACCUUGUAAUACCCAUACCAUACAUCGACUCACGUAAUACGUUUCCCACUUCCCCUCUCUCUUCAUCUCGCGAGAUUUCCAAUUCUUCAUUUUCUUCUUUUCCCCUCCUACCUUCCCCUCCCUUUUCUUAUUGUUCGAAGAUCUCGGUUUCAAUUUUCUGUUUCAGUUAUCGGGAGUUCUGCUUUUCCUCCCUUGUUGCCGAUUACUCUUUUUUUGCCUCGCGCAUUUCCAGUGUUUUCCCAGCCUUUCACGCCCGUCUCUUUGCUUGGCUUCGUUACGACUUGAUCUCACGCCGGUCUUUCCUUAACGACUCCACGAAGUUCUAG